UUUUAUUCAAUUCCAGACUGAUCUCAUUUAUUCACAGGAGUGGACCAGUUCGCUGCAGUCAAAGACUCCAAAAACCGGCGAAAAAAAAGUAGCUCGUAAGAACCUCGGCCGCCGCGAUGAGUACCAUGAAGUUUUGCCGAGAAUGCAACAACAUACUGUACCCUAAGGAAGACAGGGAGCAGAAGAUCCUCCUCUAUGCGUGCCGCAACUGCGAUCACCAGGAGGUUGCUGACAACAACUGUGUAUAUAGAAAUGAGAUACAUCACUCGGUUGGUGAACGUACACAAGUUUUACAAGAUGUUGCUGCUGAUCCUACUCUUCCUCGUACAAAGUCUGUCAGGUGUGCUGUGUGCGGUCAUCCAGAAGCUGUUUUCUUUCAGGCUACCAGCAGGGGAGAGGAAGGUAUGACCCUAUUCUUCGUUUGCUGCAAUCCAAGCUGUGGCUACAGAUGGAGAGACUGAAGCGAUACAUGUCUUCUUUUUCGUGUCAGUUUUAUCAGGCUUCAAUUGAGUUGACACUUUGUUCGUUGUUUUAUCAAUAAGAGUGGACCGAUUUUAACUUAUUGGUUGCAAAUCAGUGGACUCUUUUACAUUAGCUACAAAUGGUCAACAGUCAAGACAAUGUUUUGCUAGGAUGCUGCAUGCUACAUACAAAUGGCCAUCUGUCAAAAUGUUAUAUUAAUUUCAUCACUCCAUUUAAUCGGA